GCACCCGCCGCGGACGGAGCCCAUGCGCGGGCCCAGCUGGCGCCCGCCCGCGCCCCCGCCCCGCCCCGGCCCCAGCCCCGACCCCCGGGGCAGUUGCGCCAGUGAGCGGUGGGGCAGGAGCUCCUGCAGUGCCUGGAGUGGCAGCCCCUGAGGAGCAAUGACGGAGUAUAAGCUUGUGGUGGUGGGCGCUGGAGGCGUGGGGAAAAGUGCGCUGACCAUCCAGCUGAUCCAGAACCACUUUGUGGACGAGUACGACCCCACCAUAGAGGACUCCUACCGGAAACAAGUGGUCAUUGAUGGGGAGACAUGCCUGCUGGACAUCUUGGACACAGCGGGCCAGGAAGAAUACAGUGCCAUGCGGGACCAGUACAUGCGCACUGGGGAGGGCUUCCUCUGUGUGUUUGCCAUCAACAACACCAAGUCCUUUGAGGACAUCCAUCAGUAUAGGGAGCAGAUUAAGCGGGUGAAGGACUCGGAUGAUGUGCCCAUGGUGCUGGUGGGGAACAAAUGUGACCUGGCCGCGCGUACCGUGGAGUCUCGGCAGGCCCAGGAUCUUGCCCGAAGCUAUGGCAUUCCCUACAUUGAGACAUCAGCCAAGACCCGGCAGGGCAGCCGCUCUGGCUUUGGCUCCAGCUCCGGGACCCUCUGGGACCCCCGGGACCCAUGUGACCCAGCGGCCCCCACGCUGGUGUGGAGGAUGCCUUCUACACGCUGGUGCGGGAGAUUCGGCAGCACAAACUGCGGAAGCUGAACCCACCCGAUGAGAGUGGCCCUGGCUGUAUGAGCUGCAAGUGUGUGCUGUCCUGAGGCCAGGUGAGGCAGGGCCAGGCGAGCUCCUGGGGUGCUGCCCGCAUCCACUAUGAUGGCCCCGGGCUCCCCGAUCCUGCCAGUCCCCCUGCCUAGGGCGUCCUUUGUGCCCCGCCCGGCCCAAGCUCAGGAUGAGGAGGUGCCGGAUGCGGGGAGGAGGUGCAGACGGAAGGAGGAAGGAGGAAGGAAGGAAGGAAGUGCUGCUGGCACCCAGCCAGCCCAGGGAUGGUGGACAGAGGUGACCGAAGACCCUUCCAUGGACAUUUUGCAGACUGUCGUGGACUGUCCUGAAUGCCACCGGUACCCCAGUGUCCAAGUCCCCUCCUAGUCUCUCCAGGCCCCGCUGGGCACAGGUUGAUCACAGUAAAUUAUUUGGUGGUCUUGA